UGAACAUCAAGCCACGUGUUGAGCUUUCAGGCGGGAUUUGAAAUUGACAAAGAACUAGAAAACAAUUUACAUUUUAUUUCGUUUUUUUUUUAACAUAAAAUGGAUACGAUAUCUGACGGCUGGUUUAGUGAACUUCAGGCCGAGCUAUGGCCUGGACAGGCAUUUUCUUUAAAAGUAAAAAAUGUCAUUCAUAAGGAAAAGUCCAAAUUCCAAGAUAUUCAAAUCAUUGAUACUGAAACAUAUGGGAAGUGCUUGAUAUUAGAUGGCAUAAUACAAUGCACGUCCAGGGAUGAAUUUUCGUACCAGGAAAUGAUAUCCUUUCUACCUCUUUUUUGUCAUCCGAAUCCUAAGAAAGUGUUGAUUGUUGGCGGCGGCGAUGGAGGCGUGGCCCGUGAAGUUGUAAAACAUCCCUUGGUUGAGGAAGUACACCAAAUAGAAAUAGACGAACGCGUUGUGGAACUCUCUAAACAACACUUACCUUCAAUGGCAUGCGGCUUUAAGAACGAAAAGUUAAAGCUAACUAUUGGUGAUGGGUUUGAAUACAUGAAAAAUCAUAAAAAUGAAUUUGAUGUCAUUAUAACGGAUAGCUCUGAUCCAAUUGGUCCAGCAGUAAGCCUGUUUAAUGAAAGCUACUAUAAAUUAAUGAAACACGCAUUGAAAGAAGAUGGAAUCGUGUGCUCGCAAGGAGGUAGCUUUUGGCUUGACUUAAGUUAUAUCAAAAAAACAAUGUUGGGUUGCAAAGAGCACUUCCCAAAAGUUUCCUAUGCAAUUACUUCAGUUCCAUCUUAUCCUUGUGGUCAUAUAGGUUUCGUUAUAGGGUCUUUGAACAAGAAUCAAAAGUUCGUUAACUCUGUAAAUAAAAUAGAUAACUUUGAUAUCGAAGCACUAAACUUGAAGUACUAUACUCCAGAAGUACAUGAUGCAGCUUUUGCAUUGCCACGUUGGGUACAGCAAAGUUUAAUGUCGGUGCUAAAUUAAAUUGUAAACCAAAAACCAAAAUGCUUAUUGCUUAUGGCUACUGUUAUGUACAAAUGUAUAAAUGUAGGCUGAAAUAUUUCCAAAAAUUGUUUUUUAAUUUUUUAUUGUUGGAGCAG